AUGAUUCGGAGAGGCAGGACAGAGGGAUGGCUCAAAGAGCCCAUCAACGUCUUACCUGCAUGGGCCACAUUUAAUGGUGUCAAAUUCAAUGGUGUCAAAGUAGGCCCAUUACCAGGCUACGAGAACAGAGGAUCAACCAUCAUCGCUGACGAGAAGCUCCAAGGAGGCGUCGCUGAGCCUAUGCUUGUCGUGCCAAAUGAGUUGAUCAUCUCUCGCCAGAACAUUGGACUCCUCGCAAAGUCAGAUCACCAUCUCCGGGAAGUCCUCGAAGCUCUUGGGGACUUCGGAAGGACGACAAGAGGCGCCAUACUCACAUUUUUACUUCUCCAAGUUACCAUUUGCUGUCCCGAGACAAACGAAGUCGGUGUUCCGAAUCCUCUCACAGAAUAUAUCAAGUUCCUUCCAGAUGAGCUGCUUCCCACGUUCUGGACCGAGGAAGAACAGGAACUUUUAGUUGGAACUACGCUCAAACCUGCAGUCAGUGCGAAAUUGAAUGGUCUGCUUCGCGAGUUCGAGGAUUUGCGAACUGCUACAGAGUCCAUCAGCUGGUGUAAAAAGUACUGGUGGGAUGAAGACAGUGGUAUGUUGACUUUUGACGACUGGAUGUGCGUCGAUGCCAUGUACCGCUCUAGGGCUCUGGAGUUCCCAGGUACUGGCGACUGCAUGGUGCCCUGUGUCGACAUGGCGAAUCACGCAUCGGGAGAUGCAACAGCCGCCUUGUACGAAACUGAUGGUGACGGAAAUGGUCUGUUACUACUUCGCGAGGGCAAACAUGUAGAACCUGGCGAGGAGGUCACGAUCACAUACGGCGACGACAAAGGCGCAUGUGAGAAUAUCUUUUCAUAUGGGUUUAUCGAAGACGCAAUGACCUCUGCGAAAGUCAUGUUCCUCGACCUUGAUAUUCCAGACGACGACCCCCUCAGACCUGCAAAGAUUUACGUUUCCAAGGUUGCACCAGGCUUUCGCAUCUUUGAGAAAGACGGCACCAUACAUUGGGAAAGCGACUUCAUAUGGCUUGUUGUAGUCAAUGAAGAAGACGGUCUGGACUUCAAGGUCAGACAAACAACGGAUGGCAAGAGAGACAUCCAGUCUUUUUGGAAGGAGCAGGCACUCGAUACCGUCAAAUUACGGGAACAUCUUGAGCAAGACCCAGCAUGGGAUGUUUUUCGACUACGCGCCACGGUACUCCUGCAAAACCGCGUUGACGUACAGAUCGACACGCUCAAGGAAUCAAAGCGCGCUAGACGGGAGAGCACUAUGCGGGACAUGCCGUGGAGACUUGCGGAGCGACUCCGAAAUCUGGAGUUAGAUAUGCUCGAGCGUACUGCGUCCACACUUGACAGCGAGAAAGCCAAACUCCUAGACACAGAAGCUGUUAUUCAUUAUCUUGGAUUGGAUGAGGGAGGAGAGGAUGAAGAGGACGAUUUCUCUUGA